AAUAACGACACAUUCUCUGUUUUCUUUGUAAACAUGGUAGCCGAUUUUGGGAAAGGGAAGAGGAUAACAAUUUUAAGUGUCGAUGGAGGUGGCAUUAGAGGCAUCAUUCCUUCAAUUAUUCUAGCUUUUCUCGAGUCGAAACUUCAGGAAUUGGACGGCCCAGAUGUGAGAAUAGCAGAUUACUUCGAUGUAAUUGCUGGUACAAGUACAGGUGGUUUGGUCACCUCUAUGCUUACAGCUCCUGACAAGAAUAAUCGACCUCUAUAUGCUGCGAGUGAUCUUGCCCUUUUCUAUAUAGAACAUGCACAAAAAAUCUUCCCACAAAGAAACUAUUUCCUAUGUUCUGUGGUGAAUUUUUUUGGCAAAGUUAUGGGGCCAAAAUAUGAUGGACUAUACUUGAGGUCAUUGAUAAAUGGAUUGCUAGGAGAUAUAACACUUAAGCAAACAUUAACACAAGUAGUUAUCCCUGCUUUUGACAUCAAACUUCUCCAACCUGUGAUUUUUACUACACUAGAUGCAAAAUGCAGUGAGUUAAAGAAUCCAAGACUAGCUGAUGUCUGCAUUAGUACCUCAGCUGCACCAACUUUCUUACCUGGCCAUGAAUUUCAAACAAAGGAUUUCAAGGGAAAUGUUCGUAACUUUGAUAUGGUUGAUGGUGGAGUCGCAGCUAAUAAUCCAACAUUAGCUGCAAUGACUCAUGUGACAAAAGAGAUGAGCAUCUUGAGACAUAGAAGUGAACUUUUCAAGAUAAAACCCAUGGAAACAAAAAGGAUGUUGGUUCUGUCUUUAGGGACUGGUGCACCUAAAAAUGAUGAGAAGUAUAGUGCAGCUACAGCUUCCAAAUGGGGUAUGCUUGAUUGGGUUUACCAUAGUGGAGCAACACCUAUUGUUGAUAUUUUCAGUGAUGCAAGUGCUGAUAUGGUGGACUAUCAUAUUGCUAGCAUUUUCCAAUCUGAUCAUUGUCAUAAAAAUUAUCUUCGCAUUCAGGAUGACACAUUGAGUGGUGACAUAUCAUCUGUGGACAUUGCCACCGACGAGAAUUUACUAAACCUAAUCUAUGUGGGAGAGAAUUUGCUAAAGAAACCACUGUCAAGGGUAAAUUUGGAAUCUGGAAAGUUUGAACCACUUGAUGGCGAAGGAACCAAUGAAGAAGCUCUUGCUGAAUUUGCUAAAAUGUUGUCCGAUGAGAGAAAAUUACGGUUGAGUCCUUGAGACUCCAUGCUUUGCAAGGCUUCAUAUAUUUUUUUGUCUCAAAUAAUCCAUGUGUUUAAUCCUUCGAUUUUUACUUUAUUACAAGUUGGCUUGCUACUUUUUUGGUUCUGUACUUUCUAUAGAAAAAAAAAAAAAAAAUAGAAUAAAGUAUCUGGAGCUGAAUUUGAGCUUUC